AAAAGCUAAAGGCUGCCUGCUUUUAAUUGGAUCGCUGCGCGUUGCGUAAAUGAGGAUAAGACGAUGUUAUUAUAGCAGCGCUAAUCCUUAAAUGGGAUACGACGGCCCUUAAUCAAUGUUUACGUCUCUUCGCUUGUGGUUUCGACGUGCACCGAUCCCGAUUGACUGGACAGGUGGGUGUGACGCAACCGCCCCUCAGCAGGCUACCUGUGCACCAGCUAGGAAGUGGACAUGAGCACCCUAUCCGCCAACAGGAAGCCCCUCGUUGACUACGGGGUUCAGAUCCGCUUCAUCAAGGACCUCCACAACACAGGUGGGGCAGCACCAGACAAGCCCAGAGGAAGUAAUGCCACCUCACCCCAUCCCGCUAGCAAAUACGGGGUGGCAGUGCGUGUUCAGGGGAUCUCCGGGCAGCCGUACGUGGUGCUGAAUGACGGUGCCAAGGGCGACUCGUAUGGCGUUCAGCUUAACACACCGGCUACCAGCCCCGCGCCACCCUCAUCACCAUAUAAGAGUGCUCCCAAAACCAACGGCACAGCGGAGUUCACCAACCCUCACAGCGUUGGUGUGAGUAACGCACACUCCCCUGAGGACGAGGACGGGGAAAUCUACCAGAGCCCCCUGAGAAGACCUCCAGGGGACGGUCAGGCGGGGAGUCACGGUGAGGAGGAGGCGAGGACUGCGGAACCCCAAGUCAAAGCAGCUGCAAGUGAAGUACAGAAAGACCAAGAUUGUACUAGUCAGGAAGAGUACAAUGAAGCCGGGUUGAAACCAGUCAAGGUGAACAGUGCCGGACCCAGGGGCUUCAAACAAAACAGUUUCACAGGGACCCCUUCAAAAUAUGCCAACAAGCAGGUUCCAGAAUCUCCUACGGAGUCCUCUGUGUUGACAGACGAGAAACCGAUCGACACCAACUCCCUCGCUCCGAUCAACAAGCUCAUCAGUAAAUUCAACAAUAGGACCCCAGGUGGCUCCCCACAGACCAGGGGCCGAAGCGGCGCGAGACAACAGCUCAGGUUUGAAGAACGCAGGCGCUCCAAAAGCUUGGACGCGCGGAAGGAGACGUCCAGCCCCUCGUUGCCUGCGCCGACCUUCAAUCCCUACGCUUCCCCUCUGUCCACCGACUUGUCAAAUCGCGUACCGCAGACGAGCUUUGCAUCACAGGCGAAGAAUGCCGCCAAGGAGACCUCUCCAGUCAUGGCCAAAAAGCCUGCGGUACCGCCGAGGAUGCUAAAAGUCAAUGGUGGUGGGGAGAAGGCUCAAGCCAAGCAAGCUAUUUACAAUGUUCCCAAAGAAGGCACCAGUGAGAAUGAAGCAUCCCACGAAAGUAAAACCAACCUUGUAUAUGAGACCACCAGCAGUUUAAAGAGGGAUGGAAACCAGAAGAAAUUUAACCUCGUGGAGCUCGAGGAGGAACUCUCUUAUUGCAAGAAGCAACUGCAGCGAGCCCAUGAAGAGUUGGCCGAGGAGCGCAUCAGUCGAGAGAUGGCCGAGUCUCGCCUGCGUCUACAAGAAGAUCACCUGGCCGAGCUCCAGGAGGAGCUCAGGGGGGUCUCAGAAACGGCGCCCCACCCCGACUGGCUGAGGACGGACAUGGCCAGCCUACAGGCGGAGCUGGCCGAGACGUCGGCGCGGCGUCAGCGGCAGGACGAAAUUCUGCGGCAGCGGGAUCGCGAGCUGACGGCCCUGAAGGGGGCGCUCAAGGAGGAGGUGGAGUGUCACGACCGCGAGAUGGAGACGCUCAGAGAACAGUACGCACUCGACAUGAUCAACCUCAGGAAGACCAUGGAGCAGCUGACACAGUCGCAGGAGCAGAUCGAGGAGGAGCGCGAGCGCGUCAACGCGUCGCUGGUGAGCCUGGAGGAGGAGCUGGACAGCUGCAGGGAUCAGGGAGACCACUGGAAGUCGCAGCUCGACGGCACCUCGCAAGAGCUGCAACAAGCGCAACAAAACAGGACGGGGGGACACUCCAGCAGUCACAUGCUUCUGAAGUGUCUUUCGGAAAAGGAGGAGUUUGAGAGCAAGCUGAAGGAAGUCCAGGACUCGCUACUCGCCGUGCAGAAGCACCACUCGCCCUCUUCGGCGGAGGAGCUUCAGCGUUGCCAUGACAAUCUGCGCCAGGCCCGUCUGGCGGCAGACGAGCAGAAGGACGCCCUGCGCGACAAGAGUGAGGCCCUCGAAGCCCUGAGGAGAGAGAGCGACGAGCGCGAGGCCAAGCUCCUGGCGCAGAUCGCCGACAUCAAGGCGCAGAAGGCUCAGCUGGAAAAGGCCCUGCAGAAAGCUAGAGAGGCAUCUUCUUCUGGGGUGGAUCACAGCACCAACAUGGAGUUCCAGGAAACAAACACUCGCCUCAGAGAGAGGAUCGCCCGCAUGAGGCUGCAGUCCAGCGCAGCCAGAAGCCCCGAGUCCGAGGAGGCGAUGGAGGCCCUGGAGGACGAGAACCGCUCCCUCAAAUCCCAGCUGGAGGAGGCCAAGCGAGGGGCGUCGCGUCUGGCCAAGGAGAGGGACGAGCUGAGCCGCCGUCUGGAAGAGAGGGACCUGGAGCGGGAGGCCCUGCGGCGGGGCAAAGGCGACCUGGAGGAACAGAAGAGGCUCUUGGACCGAGCGCUGGAGAAGAUGAACAAAGAGAUGGAGGUGGUGAUGGGCGACUCCCGUCAGUCGGUGGCCGCCCUGCAGACGCAGCUGGACGAGUGCAGGGAGCGCUCCAGGAAGGACUUGUUGGAGGCCCAACGCAACAACAAGGACAGGAUGGCCGAGCUGCAGAGGGCACAGAGCAACCUCAAGACUCAACAGGAGGAGGUGUCACGGCUGAAGAAGGAGCUGCUGGGCUGCAGCGAGGAGCGAGACAGCGCUCAGCUGGAGCGAGACCUCCUCGGCAACCGCCUCAAGCAUUUGGAGAGCGAGCUGGAGUCGCAGAAGGGAACGCAUACGGACCGCACCCGCGAGAUCAGGAGCCUGGAGGAUAAAAUCAAGACCCUGGAGAUCGAGCUGGACGAGGAGAGGAGCAGCGUGGAACUUUUGAAUGAUCGCAUCACACGCAGUAGAGAUCAGGUGGACCAGCUUCGCUCCGAGCUGAUGCAGGAGCGCUCGGCUCGACACGAUCUGGAGAUGGACAAGAGUGCUAUCGAGAGACAGGUGAAGGAGCUGAAGUCGCGCGUGGCCGACAUGGAGGGACAGACGCGACCCUCGGCCAGCAUCGCCGUGCUGGAAAGCAAAAUUCAGGAGCUGGAGGAGAGGCUGCACAGUGAAGAACGAGAGAAGAGCAGCAUCCAGGCCUCCCAGAGACGAACGGAGAGGAAGCUGAAGGAGGUCAACGCCACGCUGGACCAGGAGAGGAUCCAGCAUGUCGAACAAAAGGAUCAACUGACCCUGCGCGUGAAGGCUCUGAAGCGGCAGGCCGACGAGAGCGAGGGGGAGGUGGAGCGUCUGGAGGGCGUGCGCAGGAAGGUGCUGAGGGAUCUGGAGGAGCAGCAGGAGCUCCAGGAGGCGCUGCAGGCCAAAGUCACGGCACUGGAAUCAGAAAUCAAGCGCAAGGCGCAGCACUCCCAUCGCAGCACUUUGGCCACGCUGAGCUCCGAGGACGACGACGCUUUCUACGACAUCAACAUCGCCGCCAUCCUGAACGAGAGCCACCACCAAGGCUCCAACUGCUAAUAACGGACCAAGGGAAAAGGCUCAGGCUCACUGCUUUUAUUUUUAGUCGGGCAGCGCAGAGGUUGCCCGGGUAAUGAGGUAGCAUUCAGCUGCAACCACCUCACUUCUUUUUUUGUUUUUGUUUUGUGAGACUUUUCACAAAUGGUCCCGGUGCUGUUGCUGCAGUGUGUUAAUGCGUGACAUCUCUGUGUUAAAUUCCUGACAUUUUUCUCAUAAUGUCGGGACUUUUUUACUCAUGAAAUUACAACUUUUUUUUCUUGUGAAAUCCUGAUAUUUUCCUCGGAUUAUUCUCCAUUUCUCCCACAAAAAAAACGUAGAAAAUAUUUUUCUCUGAGUGCUAUUUUUUUCCCCUAAAAUUACGACUUAACUGUCACAAAAUUCUAUUCUCCUAAAAUUCUGGCUUUUUUUUCUCGCAAAUAUUUAAUUCUAAAAAAAUAUAUUUUUUCUCAAUCUUCAUUUUUUUUGCAAAUUUAUGACUUGUGAAAUUGUGAUUUGUCUCACAAAUUUAUCUUUUUCUUCAUAAAAUCGUGAUUUUUUUCUUGCAAAAUGUAACUUUAUUUUUUUUUAUUUUUUGUCUUUUUUUUUUUUUUUCUCUAAGAUUUUUCUUUGCCACUAAAUUCUAACUUUUCUCAUUGAAUUGAUAUUUUUUUUCCUAAAAUGACAGCUCUCCCCCACUAAAUUAUUUUUUUUAAUUUUUCAUUGCCACUUUUAUUUACAGAAAAUUCCUUCUUUUUCUCGUAACAAUUUCAACUUGAAGUUUCUUGUAGUAAUGCAACUUUUUUCUAACAAAAUGUUUUGCUUGCAAACAAUCUAUGACUAUGACUAUGACUGUUUGAACACAAUUGUUUUUAUUGUUAAAUGCAUGUUACGGUGUAUCUCCCAGUGUUUGUUUUUGUAUUGAAGGUGAUGUGAUGUUCUAUUUUAAUAUUUUAUUUUACAAUUUGAAUGUGACUGUACUGGGCCUUUUUAAUAAUCAUAGCCUACACUGUAUUUGCUAUGUACAUGAUUCAAGACAAUCACACACAUUGGCACUGUGAAUCUAAUUCUAUUUUUGACCCAAAUAUGAAAUGUGUGUUUUUACUGGAAUGCUUUAGAAGUGAUGGAGGUUGUCCUUGAAUGUUGUUUGCAUGCUGCUUCUGUGUUGCACACGCGUCUUUUUGUACAUGACAUUAUUUGAAGCAUUUUUCUUUCGGCCCUUUUGCGAAUGUUGUUUCGAAAGUAAAGAAAAAUUGUUUCAAAAAUGUGCAUUUGUGUGAUAAAGUGCUGCAAUUUUAGUAGCUAUUUGACAUAGAUUUUGACCAAUAAAAAGAACCCUACAUCA